AUGAGAUUGUUUCACCUGAAUGCUCAGGAAAUUGGAGGGAAAUUUGAGAGUGUGCUAAAUGAAGUACAGAAUGAUGACUUUGCUGGUCUGCGUUUAGCCGUCAGAGAAUUGGUGAUACACCAUCAAACUAUAUUCAGGAAAGUACGAGAAUUGAACAAUGGCUCUAAUUUUCGAAUAUUCUAUGUCAAUUCUUACAUAUGCUUGCAAAUUGUGUUCGGCAUUUUCAUCUUCAUGAAAGGUGAAUUAAUAUUAAAAAUUAAGUAUGGUCUAAUGGUAAUCACAAUUGCACUGUGCGAAUUUAUAUUUAGCGAGAACGGCCAGAGGCUACAGGAUGAGGGAGAAGAGCUGAGAUUAGCACUAUACGAGUGCAACUGGAUGGGAAAACCAGCUUGGUUUACAAAAGUCAUUCAGAUUUUGAUGAUACGUAACAAUAAUUUGCCAAAAGUUGGUCUUCUAAACUUGUUUACCCUCAACAGAAAUAAUGUGACAGUGGUGAUCAGAGGUGCCUAUUCUUAUUUUAGUCUACUGAACAAUAUUUCUUCAUGAAAUAAUAUUCAUCUUGAAUGAGAUAUGUCGUAUUGAAACAUGCUGGAGUAUCUUAUUAUUUAUAAUGUCACUAACUUGUAUAAUGUGUCACGAUUAAAAU